AUGUUAAAUACAGAAAGAGCUAUUGUUCAUGUCCUUGUAAUACAUUUUACUAUUAUGAGAAGAAAAAUUCUUGAUAGACCUGGUGAUGAGGGUAAAGAUAUUAUAUGCCAAAUCACCAGGAUCACUAUUGUGAUUCAAUGCAAGAAUUAUACAUGUCAAGACAAAAUAGAUAAUUUAAUUAUUGUUUUUAUAUUACAUAACGUUAUUAUUUUUGCACAUGAGACUGUUGUGCAAAGAUAUACUCGUAAAAAAAGAUGCAUUGCCUAUGGCAUUGUAGUUGCUCCUUUUAUGAAUGCAUUCUCAUAUGCUACAAAUCAAAGAUGA